CCCAAAGCGUCGGUAUCGGGUCUUGUGCUCGACUGACUUGGCAUUUCAAACUCACUCAGAGCCAAGAUCUGGCGAGCAUAAGGAGCAUCUGCACCGACGCAACAAUAUCGACGAUCUGCACGCCCAUCGACUCGGCUGAGCGCUGAUCCUCGAAGCACGCCAGCACAACGGAAGCAUCCCUUCAGCGGCGGCCGAAAGCAACGCGUCGGACGGCGAUGAACCGAAGCGGGUUGCAAUGCUCAGCCAUAUCCGACAGCGAACUGCCGAGAGAGCAUAUAACCCACUCUCGGAAAUCUUCUCUCCCAGGUGAGCGCACACCUUUCGACCGAGAGCGCGCGAGAGCCAUGUCGAUUUGGUCGAGGAGGCAGACCAUGCUGACGCUGCCUUGUCACUUGUGUCCUCUACCAGAUCACAUACGCGAUUCGGACAACGAUUCGUUUGAUGAAGCGCACGAAGCCGAUACCCCGCCGGCCUCGCCUUACGAGCACCUCAGGUCACCCUCGGCCAAAUCACCCAAACGUUCUUUCGCUUCGCCGCUCAAGCUAGACUUUUCGACCCUGCCGCAGUUCAGGCUGGACAAGGCCGCGCUUUCGAGCGGUCCCAUGACGGAUGCGCAGCAGGCCCUAGACCCUUCAGCAUUGCCGCCCUGCGCCCAGCCGGACACGGGAUCUUUCUCGCCGUAUCCUUCACCUCGACAUCUGCGACGGCCGGAGAUGCGCAGUCGAUGGUCAUCCGAAUCAUACUCGCUGACGCCUACAUCUGCUUCUGCCCUGCCUAUCACGCCGAGCGCGUUCGACUGGUCUACGCUGUCGAUGCCUGCAGUGCACACACGCACGCAGUCUGCCGGUCUGGGACUUCUCACCCCUCCGCCCGACGAGGAGAGCUGCGAGCACGGAUCACAAGCAGACUGGCAAAUGGCUCAAGAUAGCUCGGACGAAGAUCUCAUGGCGUGCCACGAGAGCGAGACUGAGGAAGAUCCAUGUGACAGCAUUCCAGCCUUCGCUCAUGGCAACACUGCUCGCCGUACUCGACCAAGCCACUUUCGUGAGUUCACUAUCGGCCGACAACGCACGAGCGCGAUGGCAGUCGAUUCGCCCGGCUUGAGUCCCGUUCCGCCACAGAUCGUGCCCAGGCCGACGAGAUAUGCCUCUUCGCCCUUGGCACGAAUGGACGAUUCUGCACCUGCUCGUAUCGCACAAGACUUGGCAGACAUGAGCGUAGACGAUCGUCGCAACAAAGUCAAUCCUUAUUUCCUCUGA